UUUAUACCCUUGCAUGUCGCUAAGCAGCCUGGAUUCCAUGUUGUUUCAGGAAGACCACUUCCACUGGUUAAUACACAAAGUGUACCUGCUUCUCUUCUUUUAAGCAAGAAACCUGGGAUUAUUUUGACACUUAAUAAUAGGAAACCUGAAGAUAUUUCCACUGUGAAAACUGAGAAUAUACCAGCUUGUGGAAUUAUGACAAAGGAGCCUUCCAGAACAUCUAUUUUAAAGGUUGAACAAAACAGAAAUUGUCUUACACCUGCACUUUGUUCCAGCAUUGGCAGUUGUUUGAGCAUGAAAAGUAGCUCAGAAAAUACAUCGCCAUUAAAAGGCCCUUAUUUUCUAAAAACAUUAAGUUCUUCUAGGAAAGCCGUCCCUACUAAUUUUGUGUCUGAGGAGCAAGGCACAAAGUUGAAUGUCUUGGAUUCAGUAAAACAGCAGAAUGAAAAUUUUCCAAAAUCUCCCCUUUAUACUCUUUUGCCUGACGGGAAACAAGCUGUUUUGUUAAAGUUUGUAAUGCCAAAUAACACUGAGCUGCUUAAAUCCAAGUUAGUCCAAAAUAGUGCUUAUUAUCAAAAUAUACCACCAAAGAGAUCUGAAGGGAUACCACAAAAAAUAUUAUUGAAAAUUUUUAACCCUGUUUUAAAUGUUACUGCUGCUAAUAACAUGCCAGUUACCAGCUCUGUAUCCUCAUUUCAGAAAGACAGUGUACCUUCUAAUCAGACUGUAGAGCAGAAAGAGCCUGAAUCUUCUAGAGAUGCCUUACCCAUUUUAAUAGAUGAUUUGACGCCAGCAAAUGAAAUUGUUAUAACUUCUACUACAACAUGCCCAGAAUCUUCUGAGCAACCAAUACGUAUCAGUGACCAUUCAGAGGCCAGAAUAUUAACGUGUAAAACAAGUUGUAUGAUUGAGAGAAAUUUCAAUAGAAGAACUUCUAAGAGAAAUUUUUCAAAAAUAACAAGUCACAUCAGAAGCAAUGAUUCUGAAACUUCUUUUUUAUCUAGAAACAGAAACUGUAAAAGAAAGUGUAAGGAUAGUUACCAAGAAGAACCUCCAAGGAAAAAGUCAGCAUUGCAUCGAAAGUGUAAAAAAAAGGCUAAAGCUGAAGAUGUGCAUGAAACUUUUGGAUUUAGCAGACAUAGGCAUUCAAAAGAUUCAGUUAGAAUUUUACGACUUUUCCCUUUUCAUUCUACACAGCUUGUGAAAUGUCCUAGGAAAAACCAACCCGUUGUGGUUUUGAACCAUCCUGAUGCAGAUACACCAGAAGUAGCAAAUGUAAUGAAAACUGUCACCAAAUUUAAUGGACACAUAGUUAAGGUUUCAUUGUCAAAAAGAACUGUAAGUGCUUUACAAGAACCAGUUUGUUAUAACCCUUCUAAAACAUCUUUUGAUCUUUUCAAGAGGCAUAAAACAUUUAAACCUGUUACUUCUGUGAAAGAAAGAUUUGUGCUCAAACUAACACUCAAAAAGACAAGCAAAAACAAUUAUCAGAUUGUGAAAACUACCUCUGAAAAUGUUCUGAAAGCUAGGUUUAACUGUUGGUUUUGUGGUAGAGUAUUUGACAAUCAGGAUGCUUGGGCUGGUCAUGGGCAGAGACAUUUAAUGGAAGCUACUCGGGAUUGGAAUGUGUUGGAAUAGUUUACCAAAAUUAUUGAGGAAAAGUAAAAUUAGAAGAAAACAGUGGUUUAUCAUGAUAUGGACAUUUUCUACUCAGAAUAGUUCCUGCGAUAUUUUUAAAGUUAUAUUUCCAUGGAAGAGCAAAAGCUUUGUGUGUGGUACUUGAUGAUGCCAUCACUGCACACAUAAGUUUUGAAAAAAAUAAUUAACACUGAUGUAUCUUGAUUUAAUUUUUUAAAGAUGUGUUUGUGGGAAGUUACAGUUAGAGAAAAUUUUGAUCAGUUUUUCCAACUUACUUCUUUAGACACUGUUAGCACAGGUAACAGGCAGAUAACUUCUUCCCCACUCUUCUUCCACUAGCCUUAUGAAUCUGAUAAAUACAGCUCAUCUGAAGAUGGAGAGCUCUUUCACAGUGUAAAUUGGGGGAGUUUCUCAUCACUUAUAAAGAUACAGAAAGCCUGAGGAAAGAAGUUACUGUACAUUGCUAAUAAAUUCAGUUCAUGUGAAGGGUAUGAGACUCCUUUAAAAAGUACUUUUAACUGACUAUAGUUAUAUCUUAAAUAAUAGUUGAAGAAUUUGGGGCAGGUAAAUCUUGUUUCUUCUUAUGCUCUGUCCCAUAUCAGAGUUUGGAACACCUAAGGUGAUUUUCUUUUUCUAAAUGACUGUGUGGCAGUAGAUGGGCAGCCUCAAGAGAAACAUUAUUUAGUUUUAAAACCCAACUCAUAAUUUUCAGCAUUUUUCCAAAUUGGAUUAUAUUUUCCAGUAAUACCCUUACAUAGAACUAUGCCUGAUUUAAAUUUUUUCCCUGUCAACCAAACACGUCUUUUUGUGUGUGUGUGAUUACCAUCCCUUUUAAAACCAUGGAACACAGAAGCACUUAAAAGGGAAUGGUUUCUCUUGAAAAUAAAUUUUUACAUGAUAUUUUGAAGCAAGAUUAACAAAGUAGAUCACAUGUUUGUGUGUUUAAUUACUAUUAUUAAACAUGUUCUAAGUAGGACAAACUUUUUGGCUGCAUGUAUGUGUUUUUGUUUUUAACUUGAAUUUGCUGUAUAGUCCAGGCUGUCCUUGAACUCACUGUCUCCUGCC